CUAGCUCUCGAAAACUCGAGCAACAAUGAUGUCAUCGGCGCUAGGAAAGUACAAGCUACUGCUGCAGUAACAAAUAAUCAUGUAGCUAAGUGCUAUUACUGUGGCGUUGCUGCCCCAGCUUGAGGACCAGCACAAUGAGCUCAGCGAUCCCGCGACACCCCGACUCGUUCACACGCAGUUUGGUUAUUUGGUUGCAGGAAAAGUCCCCGUACAGUCUCCCCAUGAACUUCAGAGUACCCCUGUUUCUUUGUUUUGUCAAGAAUGUAAAACAGACUUAAAUUCUAAUGUUAUUCAGUUCUGGAAAUCUGAGGCUGUACCAGAAAUAUAUCCUGAGCACCCCACGUCUGAACAAAAAUAUUGUGAGGAAUAUUUUAAUGAAACGGUUCAACUUGUUGACAAUAAAUUUGAAGUCUCAAUGCCUUUAAAGAUUCCAAUUUACGAUGUAAACAAUACUUUAGGGAAUUCUCUAGUUCUCGCUAUGCGCAGAUUUUUGAAUUUAGAGAAAAGGCUCCAUAAAGAUGAAGCUUUGUUCAAAGAAUAUCAAAGUUUUAUUCAUGAAUACAUAGACCUUGGCCAUGCCAGCUAUGUCGAUAUUUCUAGUUACGAUUUUAACAAAGAUGCGGUAUACUUUAUGCCACAUCACCCUGUCAUACGUGAAAAUGCAGUUAGUACUCGUUUACGUACAGUAUUUGACGAAUCUAUGAAAACAACAAAUAAAAUUUCUCUGAAUGAUAUUAUGUUGAAUGGCCCUGUGGUCCAAAACGAAUUAUUCGACACUCUAUUGUUGUUCAGACUAAAUAAAUAUUUUUUCGCUUGCGAUAUUAGGCGUAUGUUUAGAAAUGUUUUAAUAGAAAAAAGUCAGAGGUCACUCCAAAAUAUAUUAUGGAGAGAUGACCCCCAUGAAUCCAUAAAAUGUUUACAAUUAAACACUAUUACUUAUGGCUUAAAAAACUCAUCUUUUUUAGCAACAAGGUGCUUAAAUGAGUUAGCUUAUAGAUCUAAAAAUGAAUAUCCUUUGGCUGUCCCAGUAAUUCUAAAUGCAACAUAUGUUGAUGACAUAUUGUAUACUCAUAAUGAUUUAAAUGUAAUAAUAGAAACAAAAAGUCAACUUUCACAAUUGUUAUCUAAAGGUAGUUUCUUCUUGCAUAAAUGGUCAGCCAACGAUUCCAGUAUUUUACAGGAUAUUCCGAAGGAACAGAGGUAUUCUGGAGAAAUUAACAUGCAAAAAGAUGUUAAAACGUUAGGGUUGAAUUUUGACGUCAAUUCAGACACUUUUAAAUUUUCCCCCCCGCCUAAGCAAUCUGUCAAGACCAAAAGAGAAAUCUUAAGUUUUAUCAGUAAAUUUUAUGACCCUCUUGGACUGAUUGGACCAAUCUUUGUGCAAGCCAAACAUAUUAUGCAAAAGCUAUGGCUGUCCAAAACAGACUGGGAUUCUAUUCCUCCGCCAGAAUUAAAUAAUAAAUGGCAAUCACUUUAUAAUGACUUAACUAACAUGUCAAGUAUUCAUAUUGAAAGGAAUACAAUGUGUAAAAGUGAACAUCAAACAUUUCAAUUAAUAGGAUUUUCAGACGCAUCCAAUGUGGCAUAUGGUUGUGCAAUUUAUGUGAGAACUAUUGACAUGCAAGGUAAAGUUCAAAUGUCACUAUUAUGCUCUAAGUCACGCAUAAAUCCCAUUGCACCUAAACAGUUAACCAUCCCACGUUUAGAAUUAAACGCUGCGCUUUUACUUGCCAAGUUAGCUUCAAAAGUAUACAAUACUAUUAGUCAGAAACAGAUAGUAAAUGAAGUUCACCUUUACACAGAUUCACAAGUCGUAUUGGCGUGGUUGAAGACCGAUCCAAUCAAAUUAAAAUCUUAUAUUGCGAAUAGAACAAAAUUAAUUACUGAAUGUACUAAUAACUUUAAUUGAUCCUAUAUACAGACAGAUAAAAAUCCUGCAGAUUGCUUGAGCAGAGGAACAAGUCCCUGCGACUUACCAAAUCACCACUUAUGGUGGUCAGGGCCUAAGGAAAUGUCAGAUUGUAAUUAUAAAUUUAAAAAUUGUACUUACCAAUUACCCGAGGACAUUCCUGAAAUUAAAUGUUCACAGAACGAGGCGGUCUGUGCGGCGGUAUCGCUGAGCUCAAAUGGGUCGUCAUUCCUUGAUAAUUUUAUUCACAAAUAUUCUGAUAUUAACAGAAUGAAACGUGUACUUGCAUAUGUCAUUAGAUUUUGUAAUAAUUCUAAACCUAACUCGGCCAAAAUUAAAGAAAACUUUGUUUCCUUUGCUGAGACUAACAAUGCAUUAUCUCUGCUUAUAAAGCACGAACAGCUCAAGUAUUUUUCUAAAGAUUUAAAUGCUUUGCAAAACAGUAUGCAAGUACAAGCUUCUUUAAGAGGGCUUAACCCGUUUAUAGAUGCUCACGGUCUUCUCCGGGUAGGAGGUAGACUGCAACAUUCUGGUUUGCCAUAUAACCAAAUGCAUCAAAUUAUAUUACCUAGGCAAUCUCUAAUUACUUGUAUGAUAAUUGAAAAUGAACAUAACAAGCUUUUGCACGCAAGUCAAAAAUUAAUUUUGUCUAGUUUAAACCAACGUUAUUGGAUUGUCAAUGCUUUACGCUUAAUUAAGAGUGUAAUAUUUAAAUGUAUUACAGAAUAGACCAAAAUGGAAAGAUAACAUGCCAAAUGUAAAGAUAGGCGAUCUUGUCAUUCUGAAAGAAUUGGACACACCCCCCAUGACGUGGCCAAUGGCUAGAGUCACAAAGGUAUUUCCAGGUAGUGAUGGAAAAAUAAGAGCCAUGGAAGUUAAAAAAGCAAAUGGUAAUUAUCACAAAACUUCUAUAACUAAAGUUUGCAUAUUGCCUUUAAAUUAAAUACCUAACAAUUUAAGUAAGUUGUUAUCAGGCUCAGUCUAACUACCUAUUAUUAUUAUUACCUGUGUAUAAGGUUGUCCAGUUCUCGUAGGCCUAGAUGCUUCUCAGGUAACCUAAUUGUGCCUGAGAGGAUGCCAAGAGACUUAGGCUAAGUUAAUUAAUAAGUUUAAUUAAGUUGAAUUGUAAAACUAUUCAUUUUCCUAACUAAAUUAUAGUUAUGUCACUAAGACUGGUUACUUACCAAUUUACGUUUGUAAAAGGAACAAUUCCUAAGUUAUAUAUAAGAGUAAAUAAUCGAAUAAUAGCUAUAAGAGCAAAUAAUUGAUUUCACUAUUACUAGCUGCCUAUGUAACAAGUUCAUAAACUUAAAAUUUAAUUUACUUUACUUAAUUAUAAAUGUAAAAAAUAAAUACUAGAUACUUACAUAGGUACUUACCAGUAAUACUUACCUCAGUGGUUGUAUAACAUAAAAGUUAAAAAGGUUAAGUGAAAAACAAAAAAAAAAUAAUUGUAGUUAUGUUUAUUGUAAAAUUACAGUAACUUAUAUACUAGUAAACCAUACUUACAUAAUUGUACUUACCUUCCAAACUUAAGCUAGAUAAAUUAAAAGUACUUAUCUUCUAAACUUAACCUACUUAAACUAAAACUAUAAAUAGAUAAUAUUAUAAAUAAUAAGUUGAAUGUGUAAUUGUAAUAGAUAGUUCAAACUAUUCUUCAUAGCACUGACAAAUGCAAAAGUUAUCGCACACAUUUGAAUCAGUUACCUAUUAAUUAUAUACUUACAGUCCAUUAUCGAAGCAUUAUCUUUUGCCUUGUUGGGAGUUAUGUUGAAAACAUAUAAAUAUAUUUAAGAUUUGUAUUUUAAAUAUGGAAACACUUUUGUAAUUACAUUCAUUCGCGGAGCUUUCGUUCUUCCCUUCUCUCAAUACAACACAAGACAAGA